AUGGAUGGAGGUAAAAUUUUAAUUGUCUGUCUUUAUGUUGAUGACCUUAUAUUCACUGGGAAUGAUGAGUCUAUGUUCAGAAAAUUCAAGCAUUCUAUGAUGACUGAGUUUGAUAUGACUGAUCUUGGGAAAAUGAGUUACUUUCUUGGCUUAGAAGUGCUUCAAAGGUCGGAAGGCAUCUAUGUUUGUCAACGGAAAUAUGCUCAAGCAGUGCCGGAGAGGUUUAAUAUGAACCAAUGUAAUGCAGUCCAUAAUCCUAUUGUUCCUAGAUUCAAAAUGAUGAAAGAUGAAGAGGGAGUGGCAAUUGAUAACACUCUGUACAAACGAAUUGUGGGCAGCCUUAUGUACUUAACUGCAACGCGACCAGAUAUGAUGUAUGUUAUCAAUUUGAUUAGCAGGUUCAUGGAACGACCUACUGAGUUGCAUCUUAACGCUGCAAAGAGAGUGUUGAGAUACUUGAAGGGUACGGUGCGUUUUGGGUUGUUCUAUAGGAAGGGAGGAAAAGAAGAACUCAUUGGGUACACUGACAGUGAUUAUGUUGGAGAUCAAGAUGAUAGGAAGAGUACUUUUGGGUAUGUUUUUAUGCUGAGUUCAGGGGCAGUUUCAUGGUCCUCAAAGAAACAACCUGUGGUCACUUUGUCUACAACCGAAGCUAAGUUUAUAGCUGCAGCAUCGAGUGCGUGUCAAGCAGCUUGGUUAAGGAGGAUCUUGCAGUAG